AUGACGAUGUUUGAUGGACCUGUAUUGGACGUAAGGGUUCCUUCUUCACUUUCACUUGCAUCUGCCCGUUUGCUUGUUAGUCAUAGCUUCGCCUCUCAAUCCUUCCGCCCGGAAUUUUCACCUCAACACAAGCACUGCAACGAAAGCAGGUCAAACUUAUGCCAGCUCCACCAUCGGUCUGGGGCCGACUGUAGCUUCAGACCAAGGCACUUCACCUUCGCCAGCCUGGCGGUACCUCCAAUCUCCACCAACAUAGCAACAUCAGCAAAAGAGAUUAAGGAGAACCCUGUGCGCAUGGAGUACGUUGCUACUACUCGUGAGAUGUCAGCUGCGGGAGAGGAACAGCCCGACCAGUCCUGGGAAAUCGACAGUAUCAAGGCAGAGAUCUUCGGUGAUAGACUCCUCGCCUCUGAAUUCGCCCAAACUAUCCGGGAGGAACUAGUCGAGCGUCUCACACUCGGCCCAGAUGUUAAGUAGGAAACGGUCAUCUGGGCGUAUGCCAAUCUUGAGACUGGCCAUACGAUACUGAAACUUCUGGUGGAUGUACGCUGCAAAGGCUACUUUGUCAAAAG